CUCUCUCAGACAUAUGCACACCCAAAGGCUACAUUUGUCCCACUCUCUCCAUAGAGCUCAGGUGUGCCUUCACAUGCUACCGUUCAUUGGAGUCUGAAUCCAACGUCAUCAAUAUGUAAGCACAAGCGUGAAAACGUGGAUGCUAGACGUGGAUUGCUUUCAGUAGCCUACUGCUUGCAUGUGAUGGUUGGAUAGUAACAGACCGUUGGUCUUUGACCUUUGGAUCGGAUAUCAUAGCAGGUAUCUCUGAGCAGAUGACCCUCACCAUGGUGCCGACAAUACUCUUCCUGCUCGUGUUGGUGGCGCAUGUGGCCUUGACCCGGGGGGAGUGUGAGGGCAGCUCCUGUAACCCCCAGCUGGGGGACCUGAUGGUGGGCCGGGCCGCUCAGCUGUCUGCCUCUUCCACCUGCGGCCUGGGUGGUCCUCAGCCCUACUGCAUCGUUGGCUACCUGGAGGAGGAGCAGAAGUGCUUUACAUGUGACUCCCGUCAGCCCUAUAACCUUGUCACCAACCCCAGGAGCCACCAGAUAGAGAACGUCAUCACCACCUUUGAGCCGCAGCGCAGGAUGAAGUGGUGGCAGUCGGAGAACGGUAUUCAGGAUGUCAGUAUUCAGAUGAACCUGGAGACCAUUUUUCAGUUCAGCCACCUCGUCCUGACUUUCAAGAGUUUCCGCCCUGUCGCCAUGUUGGUGGAAAGGUCAAAGGACUACGGGCGGACGUGGAAGGUGUUCCGCUACUUUGCGGAGGACUGUGCUGCCAGCUUCCCCUGGGUGUCUGCCGAGCUGCCCGACAGCGUGGACGAUGUGGUCUGUGACGGACGCUACUCUGGGUCGCAGCCCUCCACUGACGGGGAGGUUGUGCUCAAGGCGUUGGAUCCAAGCUUUGAUAUAGAAGAUCCCUACGCUCCCCAUAUUCAAGAGUUGAUCACCAUGACUAACCUGCGGGUGAACUUCACCCGUCUGUUCACGCUGGGCGACACGCUGCUGGGACGCAAGCGCAGGAACCCCCAGGAGAAGUACUACUACGCCCUCUAUGACAUGGUGGUGCGCGGCAGCUGCUUCUGCAACAGCCACGCCAGCCAGUGUAUGCCUGUCGACAGCACCCGGGGCGAUGUCUUCAACGAGCCUGGCAUGGUUCACGGUCGAUGUGUGUGCGAGCACAACACAGUAGGCGCAAACUGUGAGAGAUGUCAAGACUUCCACAAUGACGCCCCCUGGAGGCCAGGUGGUCUAAAUGGGCCGAACGUCUGUCAAAGGUGUAACUGUCAUGGUCACUCCGAGUCGUGUUACUUCGACGCGGCCCGCUACCAGGCCACCGGCGGGGUUAGUGGAGGUGUGUGUGAAGACUGUCGCCAUGACCGUGUAGGACCCCAGUGUGAGCAGUGCAGACCGUACCUGUACCAGGACCCGCAACGCUCCGUAGAAGACCCCCAGGGGUGCAUCCCUUGCGACUGUGACCCGGCCGGCUCCCUGGCCGGCGGCCUGUGUGACCCCGUAUCUGGGCGCUGCGUCUGUAAGGAGAAUGUGAACGGGGACCGCUGUGACCGCUGUCAGUACGGCUUAUACGGCCUGAAUCAGGAAGACCCAUCUGGCUGCCAGAGGUGCCAGUGUAAUUUCCUGGGUAUUGUCCUGACGCCACACCCUUGUGACCAGGAAACGGGGCAGUGUGUUUGUCAACAGUUCGCCACUGGGGCCCUGUGUGAUCAGUGUGUGUCAGGUCACUGGGGUCUGGGAAACACUGUACACACCUGCAUGCCUUGUAACUGUGACAUAGGAGGAGCCUACAGCAGCAUUUGUUCAUCAGUAGAUGGCCAGUGCCAGUGCUUACCCAACAUGGUGGGGCAGGGCUGCAGUGACCCUGCCCCGGGUCACUUCCUUGCUCCACUGGACUACUUCCUGUUUGAGGCUGAGAAUGCUGCUCCACUGGAGGGUCAGACGUCCUCUCCUCUGCUGAACCCUACAGGCCUGCCCAAAUGUGAGCAGUACUACCGGGAUCAGGGCUACGACUUCAAAAUCAGCAACGGCAGGAUCGUCCUAGUGAGGAGAACCAGGAGACGAGCACGCAGGAGAAGGCAGGAACGGAGGUCUAUUCCACUUGACCCGGGCUCGGCUCUGCAGAUUGUGCCCCGACAGAGGACGGCUGAUGCGCCAAUAACAUGGACUGGCCCGGGAUUUGUCAGGGUUCUGGAUGGGGCGGGUCUUAGAUUUACCGUUGACAACCUCCCAGCCUCCCUUGACUACCAGCUAGUCAUUCGCUAUGAGCCAGAGUCUCUGGAUGACUGGGUAGCUUCAGUCAGUAUCCUCCCCCUGUCUCCUGGAGACAGUGGCUGCAUCACUGACCCCACAGGAACCAAAACACUCUCACUACCCGGGGUUGCCAGAAUUGCGAUUAUAGAUACACCGGUGUGUUUGAACAACGGAGGAAGAUACUACAUCGAUAUCACCUUUGCCAAGCAGCCCAACUCCGAUCCUCAGUCAAGCUCACACAUACUUGUCGACUCAAUGGGCCUGGUCCCCAAGAUGGCGUCUGUGCAGGACUUCUGUUCCCAGAGUGACCUGGACUCCUUCAGCCGUCUCCGCUGCGUGGAGCUGUCGGCGGGGGCCCAGCAGCAGACGCUGCCUGAGGUGUGCGAGGGCCUCAUAGGAAGCUUGUCCGCCCGCAUCCACAACGGGGCCAUGGUUUGCAGGUGUAACCACCAGGGUUCACUAGGCCCCUACUGCAGCAAGUUUGGUGGGGUGUGCGACUGUAAAGCCAAUGUGAUUGGACGCUGCUGUGACUCCUGCGCCCCCUUGACUUUCGGCUUCGGACCAGAGGGCUGCAGACCAUGUGAGUGCGACCCCCAGGGCUCGGUCUCGGAGCUGUGCGACCAGGUCAGAGGUCAGUGCCCUUGUCGGCGGGAGGUGUCGGGGCGCCGCUGCGACCGUUGCCAGCCGGGGUACUACGGCUUCCCCCUGUGUCGGCCCUGUGAGUGCAACGGGCAGGCGGAGCUGUGCCACCCCGACACCGGAGCCUGUCUGGACUGUCGGGAACACACCACUGGAGACAACUGUGAAAGGUGUGUGGAGGGUUACUAUGGUGACCCGGUUUCCAGGGAACCCUGUGAGCCUUGUCUGUGUCCCGACACUCAGGCCAGUGGGCGACACUUUGCCAGCUCCUGUUCCAAGAACCCGGAGUCCAGAAGUCUGACCUGCGACUGCUUGCCUGGACACAAAGGGUCACGCUGUGACUCCUGCAUCCCCGGUUUCUAUGGUGACCUCGAAAGGCCAAACGCUUUCUGCCAAGAGUGUCCAUGUAACAACAAUAUCGACCCAGAGGACAGCAGCGCGUGUGACGCCGUGUCAGGGGAGUGUAUGCGUUGUCUCCACAACACUCAGGGACCACGUUGUCAGAGCUGUAAGCCUGGUUACUAUGGCAGCGCUGUGGACCAGGACUGCAAAGAGUGCUCCUGUGACCCGCGGGGUACCGAAGUGACCCAGUGCCCACUGGGAAGCCCCUGUUUCUGUGACUCUGAGACAGGGCAGUGCCCGUGCCGGCCUGGAGCGAUGGGCGAGCUGUGUGAUGAGUGUGCCGACGGCUACUGGAACCUCCAGGGGGCAUCAGGGUGCCAACCUUGCAAAUGCGACCCUGGAAACUCUCUCAACAACGUCUGUGACAAGGUGAGCGGUCAGUGCCAGUGUCGUGCCGAGUUCGGAGGCAGACAGUGCGACGAGUGUGGGGAGAAUCACUUUGGGAACCCUGACCUCCAAUGCGUCUCCUGUGACUGUAACAUGGAGGGCACCGAGCGUCCUGCCUGUGACGCCUCCACGGGGGAGUGCCUGUGCCGCCUCGGCGUGGCCGGAAUCUUCUGCGACGAGUGUGCGCCCGGGUACCACACCGCGUUCCCCGCCUGUGCCCCUUGCCACCCCUGCGUCGCCCUCUGGCAAGAUGACGUCACCGACGUCCACCGGGCCGCCCAGAGGAUGCGCACGCUGAUCCCUCGCCCGGGAGUGCACCAGCAGCCGGCCGGGACCAAGCGCAUUAUGGACAUGCACGCCGCGCUGGAGUCGCUGGCGAACCUGACGGGACGAGCCAAGCCGCAGGUGCAGAAGGUGGAGAAGCUGAUUCAGAUGAUCGAGAAGCUGAAAGACACCAUUGACCCCAACGCCAUCAUCAUUGACCCAACCAGACUGUUGGACACCCAGGUUGACAACAUCCGCCACGAGUUCAAGAAGUUGAUGGACCACUUGAGGGACAAGCUUACCACUGACCCAGAAGUGAAUCCAGAGGAAUUAGAAGAGGUCCUUGAUGAGAUCAAGAAACUCCAUAAGGAAUACAUGGCUGAUGAGAAGCGGGUGAAGGCUGCUGACAAGGCCCUAGAAGACUCCAUGGACACGCGGCUGAAGGUCAAAGACAAACUGUCCAGCUGCAACAGCAGCGGAGACAUGGGGCCUCUGGAGAACGAGGUCAAAGCCCUGAGUGUUGUAGGGCUCAAUGGAAAGAUCUGUGGAGAACCCGGCGACACGGAAUGUUCCAAAUCAGAGUGUGGGGGUGCUUUGUGUCGAGAUGCCCUGGGGCUCCGGGAAUGUGGAGGUCCCACCUGCAAGGGAAGUGUCCCUGUGAGCGCGAAUGCCACGGAAAUGGCCGAGCAAGUAGAAAACGACAUCCUAAACCUCCUCCACAAACUGCGGGACUCCAAGACAAAGCUCAACACAGCUAAACAGAUGACUCAGGACACCCAGGAUGAGGCUGAGAAACUGAAGAAAAAGAUCAGUGACACCAAGGAGAAGUUUGAGAAAGAGAAAAAUGACACUAAAGACCUUAUCAAACGUGUCAAGAACUACCUGACAGAUGACAUGGUGGCACCAGAAGACAUUGAGAACUUAGCAGAGGCAGUGCUAGCCAUCCAGCUGCCAGGCACUCCAGAUGAAAUCCGGGACAUGAUCCAGAACAUCCGGGACAAGCUCUCCAAUGUCACCAACUUCCAGGAGGAUCUGAAAAAGCUGGAGGGCCAAGCCAAAACCGCCAAAGAACUGCUGGAGAAGGCCCUGGAAAUCAAGAACAGAACCAAGAAUAUUGAUGUGAAAGACAUUAAGCAAGCGAUUUAUGAUGCCGAGAAAGCCCAGGACAAGGCUGACAAAGAUCUGGAGGACGCCAAGGACAGCAAGAACAUGAGUCUGACUCAGAUCACAGAGAUUGAGACCAAACUGAAUGACACAGAGGCAAAGCUAAAUACCACUCGACUUCAGGACUUGCCAGGGGAGAUUGAAGCACUGAAAAAGAAAAUGGAGAUGAUCCGCGAACAGGCAAAAGAGGCCAAACAAGCUGCUGACAAAGCUCUAGCUGAUGCCAAAGAUGCUGAAACUGGAGUUCAAGAAGUGGAAGACUUGUUUAAAGAACUGAAGGAGAAAAACACUAACCAGGACCUUGAGGAUAUAGCCAGUACACGUCUGAAGAAUAUUACAAUGGAAGCAGAGAAACUUAGAAAAGAUGUUGCAGAUAAAAUGCAAAACAUUGAAGAUUUGGAAGGAAAAAUUCUAAACUUCAUCAAGAGCAAAGAGGAUAAAGCCAAUGAGGUUUCCAUGUUGCUGGAGACGGUGGAAUCCCUGCGCAAAGCAAUAGCCAGCCGGAUAGACGGCUACAUCACCUGUUUAUAAGGUUAUGAUGGAUAGCCGUGUAGACAACUUGAUAUACUCUAGGAAAGACUCUUCCCCAACACAGCCAACAGCUUCACAUGUUUAAUAUACUGGCAAUGAAAUUUUGCCUAUAACUUCAACAUAAUAGUGCCUUUGUUACAUAAGUGUUCAUUCCUCACAAAUGGUUGUAUUAAUAAGAUAUAGAAAAUGGAUCUUUGACAGUCGAAAAGAACUGUUUUUAUUUUUUAAUUAUUUUAAACGUGCUAAACUUUAACAUGUAAAAAAGUAUUAACAAAAUUACAUUAAAAAACACAUAUCUUGUGAUAUUUGCGGUCCUUCACUGGGAAUUCUAAUAGGUUUCUGGCCUUUAAGGAAUGUGAUACUAGUAUAUUUCAAAUACUCUGUUGUCACCACAAGAACUGGUUCUGUGCAAAGACCACGUGACCACCUGAAGAUGUGUCAGGUGGUAUCGCCCACAGGUUUCUUAAAUAAAUAUACAAAGUGGGUGGGUAAAGUAUGAAAGUGAUAAAAGUGAAGUUUAGAUGCUCCUGAGUAGUUUACAGAUCUGAGGAAGUGGUUUCUUCUGUCGACACCCUCACUGAAAAUGAUCAGUAUGCAGUUCUCUCUAUGACCACAGGAGUGUGAUCUGUGACCAACAAUUUACAGCAGGCCUAAUCAGGUAAAUGAGACGUCCCCUUUCUCCCUAAUAAUCUGUUUUUUUUAUUACAUUUUGUCAGUAUUUCUCCACUUUUUGUGAAGCUGAUGAAUAAAAAUGCUCCACUGUCUCAAGCUAAACCACAGCACUGUACAAAGCUGUGGUCACCACUUUGUUGACACUUUGAAAAGUUAAGCUUUGCUUCUUCCACCAAUGGCUCCUCAGGGCUAGCUGAAGAUGUAAUUAGAUUAAAACCAACGAACAGGUUUGGAAUGGCUCCCCUGCCAGGUUUGGAAUGUAUCUAUUGGUUACUUACCACUCCCUGGAAUGCUUUGUCUUUUUUAUGUAGAGAGCAUUAAAUCUUCAAUGUUUGAGGCAGUGUGUAAUGGAUGUGUGGUGACCUCCAUGUUACUCAUGUAUUUAUACCACUGGACACCUGCAUACACACUUUCUGUCAUCAGACAAAAAAGCUGUUUGGGGUUUGGGGACACACACUGACAAUAAUCACACAUCUUU